CUUUCCUACGCGUGUCGUACUCGGUCUCUGGCUCGAUCCAGCUGACCAAUAAUUUCUUAUUCAACUGUAUUAUCGUUCUGAAAUAUAAGGCUUUUAACCAACUAUUUCAUGCGUUGACCCGAGGUUCGGUUUAUAUAUUAGACAACGGUAAAUUGGGCAUGUUUUCUUAAUUGGUGGUAAAAUUGGGACUCAAAACGACCGAUAUGUCCACCAUUGUGAAUAAUAGGAGAACUGCAUCAUCCACCAAAGGAAGGCAACCUGCACCAUCCAGGAAUUUCCCUCCAAAGAAAAAUUCAAUAGAUAAACCUGUGCCAACUGAAGGUGUUUAUGGAGAUGCUAGGUUUACUCAUGUUGUUUAUACCUUAGUGGGAACAAAUGUACAAGUUCAAGUGAAAAAUGGCAAGGUUUAUGAAGGAAUAUUUAAAACUAUAUCAUCGCAGAUGGAUGUGGUAUUAGAGGUGGCCCAUUUAAAAAUGGAAGGUAAUGGUAGUAGUUGUGGUCCUACACGUGAUACAAUCCUAGAUAAAGUUAUAUUUAAGAAAGAUGAUGUUGUAUCUGUAACUUGUUUGAGUGUGGACUUAGAUUAUGCAGUGAAAGAUACAUUUACUGAUGCUGCUAUAAGUCGUGGUAAUAAUGGUAGUUCAUAUGAUGUUGAACUGCAACCAUGGGAUGGUGAAGCUGGUGAAGAAAUAGGUGGAGGUCUAGAGGAAGGAGAAUCUGCUAAUGGUUGGGAUGUAAAUGAAAUGUUUAAAACCAACCAAGAACAAUUUAGUGUAAAAUCUUCAUAUGAUGAAAAUCUAUCUCAAUACACUUUCUUGUUGAGUGAAAGUAUGUGUGAAAGAGUUGAAAUAACAGGAGUGUCAAGUACAUGUACUGUAUUAAAUAAAGCUGAUACCAAAGAAUAUCGUAAACGUGAAGAAGAUGCUAGAAGAAUUGCAAGAGAGAUAGAACGUAGUGAAGAUUAUAGAAAACAUAUUGAUUUAGAAAAUGGUGAUGAUGAAGAAGCAUUAUUUAGUUCUGUUCAUCGACCAUCUUCUACUACUAAUCAAUCUGGAGAGAAGAAGUAUAUUCCCCCACAGAGAAGAAAUAAUAAUAAUAUGACUAAAGGUCAAGGUAAUAAUGGUGUUGAUAAUGGAAGUUUUCAACAAGUACAAAGAUCUAAUCAUAAUAAUAAACACAGACAAUCUGGUGUACAGCAUCAUCAACACCAGCUUUCUCCUUCCCCACAACAUCAUCACUCUCCCCAGCACUCCCAUCAAACUAACUAUCCCCCUAGACACCAACAACAACAUCAUCAACAACAGCAACAACCACUGGCACAUCAACAGCAACACCAACAAGUGAAGGCAACUGUUGUUCAUGUGACUUCUCCACCAGGACAGCAGACGUCACAAGCUACAAGUAAUAAAGAAGAACAGAAUAAUAAGUUAAACGGGCAAGAGAACAGUGGUACAGCUCAAGAUAUAUCUAUAGCAAAACCAACUAGUCAGAGUGGGGUGUCAUCUCCUGUUUCAGUCCCCCUUCAACAACAACAACAACAGCAACAACAGCAAGAAUCAAAUGAUAAUAAACGAUUACCCCGUCAACCUGUUAAUAAAAAUACCAAAUCUGCUAAGAUUGACGAAUUAAAAGAAUUUCAAGAUCAAUUUAAGUUAGAGAACCAGAAAGAAAGUGAUAGAAAGACAGCUACUGUAGAAAUAGAUAAUAAACCUGAAACAGACAAUAAAACUGUAGAUAAUAGUAAUAAUGAUAAUAAAACAAAUGAAAGGUUAGAUGUACAACCAACAGAAGAGGAGAGUGGUGAACAGUCAGGAAAAGUGACUCCUGCAAAAUUUGCUUUAAAUCCAUAUGCAAAGGUAUUCACACCAAACCCAUGUUCAUCACCGGCAAGGGUUCAUCCAACCCAAUCACCAACACCUCCACGGCCUCAAGCACAGAGUCCAGUUGUCAUGCCAUCAUAUAUGUAUGUACACCAACCGCCUGUUACUAGGCCUUAUCAACAAAGUAAAAAGGCGGUGGUUUCAGCUUAUCCAAAUCAAGAUCCUAGACAAGCUGCUCAACAUGCUACUGGUCAGCCAUUAUUGGCUAGUACAUUACAACCACAACAAUAUUUACCCUAUAUUAUGCCAUCUCAGAUGAUACCACAACAGGGCUACACUAUGAUGAAUCAACAUGCAAGGAUGAUGAACCCAGCAGCUAUGGGUCCCGCAUCUACCACUGGUAUAGAUCCUAAUCAGGCCAAUUCUCAACAAAUAUAUAUGUCACAGCCAGGGCCGCAUGCUAUCCAAGCUCACAUGACCCAGCAGGCUAUUCAACAAUCACAGCAACAACAUGUAGCUCAUCCAGCUGGUGCUCCACAAACACCAGGAGUUCAAAUGACUCAAGUAACUGGUCAUCACCCAGCUGCUAGCCCUGUCCAACAUGUUCAAGGAGGUCAAGCAAAUCAUCCGGGGCAGGUUCCCCCACCAGCGGGCACACCACAGCCUUUAAAUUACUCUCAGAUUAAUUUACCAGGGCAUAUGCAGGGGUCUCACAACCCUACCUCUCCUCAAACCAUACAUGCCUCACACCCCUAUAAUUCCCAUCCCCAAUUCACCUUUUCACAAGGUCAGCCGACAUCGGUGUCACAUGCAAUGUCAAUGCCGAGUCUGAUGCCAUCUCAACCUUUACCUGUUUAUAUGAUGCAACCACCACCAUCAAACCAAGUACAACAGCACCAAUUCCAGACACAUAUGACAGGUGCUCCUAUACCAGGACAAGGGGGUCAUAUAAUGCAUCAUGGUGUACCAGGUCAAGUACAGUAUGUUCCACAUGUGCCAUCCCAAGGACCGCAAGUUAUACAGUACCCUCCAGGUCAAUGAAGGUAAUGUGUGACACAAAAUGUGUGGUUGAUUUGUGCCCUGCCAUGUAGUUUGUGUAUUGAAAAUAAAAAAAAAUUGGAAUUCAGAUGUGAAAAAAAGAUAUAAUGUAUUCUAGAAGACUACAAUACCUGUGUUAAAGAAGAUGAUGACGUAAUAUUUCAAGUUGAGAAUGUGAUAGUAAAAUGAACAAUUAAAUUAAAUGACAAUUUACUAUCAAAUCUGACAUGUUUUUAAAAUAAAAUGUGAACGGCAACGGUAACACUUGCAGUAAUUUAUACCAGCACAGGUUGUCUAUUCAAAUAAUACUGCAGUGUGAUUUUGUAGAAAAAAAAUUAAAAAACCAAAAAAAAAGAAAAAAUACCAAAAAAAAAACCUUUAAAAAAAACUCAAAA